AUGGCCGAACCUACAGUCAUUUCAUCACGGCUGUAUUAUAAUUCUGAUCCCAUUUCACUAUGUAUGGAGAUGUAUCAAAUUGCACGGGCCUUCACCGCACAAGGAUCUUGUAUAUCUCGCUACCUAAAACCGGAUCACUGCUCCAGUGUAUACCAGCGCUGCCCCUAUCAUAUGUUCAAGCAUUCUCUUUCUUAUAAAUACUGCCUGAUUAUCAUGUAA